GCGGGUCGGGGCGGCCGCUGCAGUGGUCGGCCGGAGCUCGGGGUGCCAGGGCAGGUGGACUGUGAGAGUGCGAUCGGGAAGAGGAGGCCGCCGCAGCCGCAGCCGCAGCCAUGAGUGCGGACAGCAGCGCAGGGGCGCGCAUGUUCAGCUGGAGCGCCAACGCCGACGUCGUCAGAGGGCAUGAGCAGAUCAGAGGACUAGGGCAAGCGAGUGAAGAUUUGCAUUUCGUUAGGGCUGAGCUUUACAUAGGAAUGACUACAGAAUACGUAUGUGAAGAAUUGAGGCUAGGCCUCAUCCUGUUAUCUGUGAAACGUAUUAUGAACAUCGAUUGCACGAGGAUGCGGGUUGCGCAUCUCGGCGCCGUCGUCAGGCACGCGGUGGCACAAGCGUCGGCGGCGGCGGCGGCGGCGGCGGAGGCGGUGGCGUCGGUGGCGUCGCGCGCCGGAAAAGGGGAAAGCGCCGCGACGCUGCACGUCGCGCCGCCGCCGCCGCCGCCGCCGUCGGUGGCAUACAGAAUGGAGCGGGGGAGGCGCCUCUCCGUCGCGCUCCACGCGGCGCGCACCCGCCUCGGCCCGCCCGCCCUCGCCCCGCCCUCGCCCUCGCCCCUCGCCCUUCGCCCUCGUAGCGCCACGCCCCCGCCCUCGCCCUCGCCCUUGCCCGCCGCCCCCGCCCUCGCCGCCCGCCUCUGCCCCCGCCCUGCGCCCCUCGCCCUCGCGCUCGCCCUCGCCCCGCCCUGCCCCCGCCCUCGCCCUUCGCCCUCGCCCUCGCCCCCGCCCUCGCCCUCGCCCUCGCCCCCGCCCGCCCUCGUCAUCACCCUCGCCCCCGCUUCGCCCCCGCCCUCCCCCCCGCCUGCCCCGGCCCUCGCCCCCGCGGCGCUCGCCCCCCGCCCUCGCAGCAGCCCCGCCCUCGGCCCCCGCCCUCGCCCGCCCGCCCUCGCCCCCGCCUCGCUCAGCCCUGCUGCGCUUCCAGCCUCUCGCUCUCGUCCCGCGCUUUGCCCUCGCCCCGCUCGCUCUCGCCUCGCUCUCGCCCUCGACUCACCGCCUCCGCCCGCCUCCGCCCCCCCCGUCCCUCGCCCCCGUCCGCCCCGCCCUCGCCCCCCGCCCUCGCCCCCGCGCCUCGCCCCCGUCCUCUGCCCUCCGCCGUCCACGGGCCGCGUCACGGCCCACGCGCCUGAGCCCCGCGCCGACAAUCCCGCCCGCGAAAGCCCCGCCGUGGCUAAUGUCCGCGUGAGAGGAGCCUCGUGGGGCUGGCUGCGCCGCGAUGUCCCGGCGGCGCGCGCGGGGGCUGGAGAGCAUCCGCGAGGAGACGAGCGCCGACGUCGCCGACGACGCCCUGGGCGCCGCGACGCCCAACGCCGGCAGGUGUGCGCCUCCGCCGCCAGGGGAGCUGCGGUCCGCGAGCCCGCGGCCGCCUGUGCUCGUCAGAGCCCUACCAAAGAUGAUUUCCGUGGUGGCCACUUUCGAGCCUUUUGUGUAAUCUUCCAAUGUUCAAUUCUUCCCAACUUUAUCUUCAAACUUUCCAAAUCUCAGUUAGUGGCAUCCCUCGGAGGAGAAUCUCAGCGUUGGUAUGUGGAGUUGUUACGAUAG